CCCACUCACACCCAUCAAUGAUUGUGCUUUGUUCACCACUAUUCACUAUCUAGAGAUCUCCAUUUCACUUCACACCUUCAACCGCAAAAAUGGAAGCACUCUUCGCCCAUUUCACCUUCCUCUCCGACCACGCACUCCAAGACAAGUCCUUCGACCCCGCCACCAUUGAAGACCUCAUGAAACUCUUCGAGAUCGAAGCUUACAAGUCCUGGGCCGCCAUGGAACUCGAGGCAGAGAAGGAGGCAGAGGAAGCAGAGGUUUCCCUGCAGCAGGCAGAAGCCGACCUCGAUUCUGCCAUGGAGAGUGCCAUGGAUGAAUUCCGGAGGUUCGAGGAAGAGAUGGAACGGUUGGCGAAGGCAGAACUGGACUCUCUGGUUCGGAAAGGAGAGAGUGCCCGGAAAAUGGGGAAUCUGAUGGAGAAGGCGGCAAGUGUUGCUUCCAAGAAGUAUAUUGAGGCGGCCAUGAAUUCUGCAACUGCUUCCAUGAAAUCUGCUUGGAAGGCAAUUUCCGCCCGCAAGGUUCAUCCAUCCUAAGGGAUUUUAAUAAUUUUAUCUUUUUCUCUUCCCCCUAUGCAUAAUUGGGAAAAAUCUUGAACAAUAAUUAUGUAACUUUAAUUUCUUUUGAAGUAUAUUGUCAAUUUCUGGUAAUGUGUAUUCAGUUUCUGGUAAUUUUAAUUAAUAUUUAUCAUUUAU